AUGGCAUCGCGGCAGGAAGUAACUGCUGAUGAAGCUUCGAAUCUCCUUCAAACUGGAGAUUCUAUGCCAAGGUCUACUGAACAGCGCUGCUGCGGUGGGACUCUGCUCGUCCUUGGGGUGCUAGCCCCUGCAUUUCGUCGCGUGGCCUUUCAGGCUUCCUGUCAACCGUACGAUCAAAAGCACUACAUCAAAAAGUCUUUGGACAUGUUGUCUGAAUGGUAUCCGGAGGAGCCUAUAGGGGCACAUCUCGAGAAACUCCUUGAUGACAUUGACAGAGAUUGGACAAGAGCAGCAUUGAUUGCAGAGGCAGCAGCAUCAGCUAUCGCUUCUGGAGAAGCUGCUGAGGCUGCAUUUCAGCAAAUGGACACCAAGCUGGAAGAAAUGGCCACUUCGGAGGAAGCAGUGGCAGAGACAGCUGAGAUCGCAGACGCGGCAGAGGCAGCAGGGGGCUUGGGGGGGGCAGAGACGGCAGGCGAGGCGGCAGCAGCAGUUUUCGCACCCGAGGUUUUGGUUCCAAUCGCUUGUCGUGCGCUCAUUUUUCUCAGGACCUGCGGAUUCAAAGGUAUACGCAAGAGUGCUCAAGUCAGCUGCCCUUCAUACACCAGUCUGGAAAUGCAAUCAUUCUGA